CCUGUCCUCCUCGCCCCCUCCAACCCUCUCCUCUCUCUCGCCUUCCGCCGCCGCCGCAGCUGCCGCAACACCCGCCGCCGCCGCCGCAGCCGCCGCCGACGACUCCGCGCCCCCCGCCGGGACCCAGAAUGGACGGAGGCUCCGGCGGGCCGUACACCUCCCGCACGGCCGAGGAGGUGUUCCGCGACUUCCGCGGCCGCCGCGCCGGCAUGAUCAAGGCCCUCACCACCGAUGUGGAGAAGUUCUACCAGCUCUGCGACCCCGAAAAGGAGAACUUGUGCCUUUAUGGGUACCCUAAUGAAACAUGGGAAGUUACCUUGCCAGCUGAGGAAGUUCCUCCGGAGAUCCCUGAACCAGCUUUAGGAAUCAACUUUGCUAGGGACGGCAUGAAUGAGAAAGAUUGGUUGGCACUAGUAGCCGUCCACAGUGAUUCAUGGUUACUGGCUGUUGCGUUUUAUUUUGCAGCACGUUUUGGGUUUGACAAAGAGGCCAGGAGGCGACUCUUCAACAUGAUAAAUAACUUACCUACAAUAUUUGAAGUUGUGACUGGCGCUGCCAAGAAACAAACGAAGGAGAAGGUGCCCAAUAGUACCAACAAAAGCAGCAAGCCAAGCUCAAAAAUGCCAUCAAGACCAGAGUCUCAUUCAAAGGCCCCAAAGCUACCUGCACCCCCCAAGGAUGAUGAUGAGAGCGGCGAGGAAUAUGGAGACGAAGAGGAGGAAGAGCGCGAUAACACCCUGUGCGGAUCUUGUGGAACAAAUGAUGGCAAGGAUGAGUUUUGGAUCUGUUGUGAUAGUUGCGAGCGGUGGUACCAUGGGAAGUGCGUCAAGAUCACGCCUGCUCGAGCUGAGCAUAUCAAGCACUACAAGUGCCCAGAUUGCGGCAACAAGAGGGCGAGGGCAUAGAGACAAAGCACAAGCAGAAGUACUCUGAACCAAAACCAGCGCCAAAUCUUCGAUGUCUGCAGAUAUGGCCUAGCUUUCUAGCCCGUAGACUCGCCUUUUUUUUCUCAUUUCAAGUUAAAAACACUGCCCCAGCAGUUCCUGUUGCUCUGACUUUAAUUGUGCCUCUAAACAUCUUGGUCGUUGUAGUAAUUACUAGCUUCAAUCUCUGGUGGCUGCCCCUGCAGACAUGCUGUCAAAGACGUUCUUGAAUUGAAGGACCUCUCUGACCAUUGUUUCUU